AGAGCUUGGGCUGAGAGGCUGGGGGCGAACAAUCUUACCCACAAUGGGGCGCUUGACUUCCAGACCAUGUCUCCUGUCUCCUGUCUCUCCUGGAUCUCUAGUUUUCUGAUCCAGGCAAGGAAAGGCGUCAGCCUCCUGUAACCGCUGAUGUGACUACCUGAGUGGGCUUACCCUGUUGGUGUCGGCGGGGGGUGCAUAGAAGUGGUAACGGGGGCACUUUUCAGCUGCUUUGACUCCCAGGACCGGGGUUUUGGGGCAGCGGCUGGCAGGCCUUGAGUAAAAAGUGAACGCCACAGGGGUGAAGAUGAGGCGCUUUCUGAGUAGGAAAGGGCGCUUCUCGCUGCGACAGAGCAAGUCUGGAACCCGCAGCGCCUCCAAAGACUUCUACCUGACACUUCCGGCCACCAACCAGAACUGGCCGGAGGAGUUUGGCUUCCGUCUGGGGGGUACGGGGCCCAGCUAUAUUCUGUCUGUGGUGGAGGGCAGCAGUGCCUACCUGGCAGGUCUGCAGCCUGGGGACCAGGUGGUGGACAUUGAAGGCCAGGAAGUGUCCAACCUCAGCACCCAGGCCCUCAUCGCCCUGGCUCAGACCCUCAAGACCGUACCCCCCAGCAUCGGGGUGGUCUCCCGCAUAGAACAGAUUGACAUCGCUCCAGGCCCAGACGGUCGUUUUGGCUUCACCAUUGUGGGAGACAGCCCCCUGCUGGUGGAGGACUGCAUGCCCAACUGUCCUGCUGGCCGCAGCGGCCUCAAGGCUGGCGACUUUGUUAUGGAGGUCAACGGCAUCCCCGUCAAACAGCACGAGACCGCUGCCGCCAUGAUCAAGGCAGCCCAGGGGCGCCCGUUGCGUCUUGGCGUGCUCAGUAUGAGCCGGCGACCCAAGCGCCUCAGCAACAGCAUGAAGGUGAUGUCACAGAGUGGAGACAGCGUACGGCAGGACCGUGCCCAGAAGGCCCUGGAGUUUAAUAAGAAGGUUGAGGAGGUCUUGGGAGAGGAGCUGGAUGUGAAGGAGAAGCUGUUUGAGGUUCUGAAGCAGUACGCUGCUGAGAGGGAUGUGGAGAGCCUGGCUGACGCCCUCCCUGAUAUACUGAUCAAUGAGGACCAUCAGCAGCUGAUUGACAGUGUCAGGAUCUUCAUCCCCAAGAAGCACCGAGAACGCUUUGACGAUGUGGUGUCCCAGAGCCUGAUGGGCCGACUGAAGGGGCGGAGCUUCAGUGACCCCAGCCGUAACCGGCUGCGUCGGAGCCGUAGCGAGGACCACCCGGAGCGCCUGCUGGUUUCCACCAGGGCCAGUUCGGUCCCCCGCACUCACGCCGAGGAGGGCGCGGCACUCCCAGCCCGCGGGCUCAGGAAGACCACCUCACUCAUCGCUGGACACGCCGGCGCCGCUAGCACCAAUCGCAGGACAGUGAGAGUGUGCAAGGGGAACCUGAGUUUUGGCUUCACCCUUAGAGGCCAUGCCCCAGUGUGGAUUGACUCAGUUAUUCCAGGGAGCCCAGCAGAGAAGGCCGGCCUCAAACCUGGGGACCGCAUUUUGUUCUUGAACGGCCUGGAUAUGAGGAGCUGCUCCCAUGAGAAGGUGGUCUCCAUGCUCCAGGGCAGUGGAGCUAUGCCCACCCUGGUGGUGGAGGACGGGCCUCCCACCUUCAACCAAACCGAGUCAGACCUGGCCGGAGGUGGGGGUUUGGGGGGCAGCAUGUCGGAGUGUGCCCGCUCCCCGGUGCUCAGCUCUCUGCAGUGGGUGGCAGAGAUCCUCCCUGCCAGCAUCCGGGUCCAGGGGAGGACCUUUGGGCAGCAGCUGGAGCACCUGCUCACCAUCCAGGAGAGGUACACCAUCUGCAAGGCCCUGGAGAACUUCUUCCAGCACCGGAACGUUGACACGCUGAUUGUGGAUGUGUUUCCGGUGUUGGACACGCCAGCCAAGCAGGUCAUCUGGCAGUUUGUCUACCAGCUGCUGACCUAUGAGGAGCAGGAGCACUGCCAGAACAAGAUCUCGCGCUUCCUGGGCUUCAAGGCUGCAGCAGCUCCUCCUCCAGAGCCAGAGCCCGCACCUGAGCCCCAUCGUCGUAGCAGCUCCAUGAGAGUGACAGGCACCACCUACACCAGGAACAGUGUGAGAGGGCGAAGCUCCGACGACCUGGUCAUAGGCACACACCUGGGAAUGGGGGUCCGUGCAGAGCCCAUGGAGAUGGGCAUGAGGCUGGCACCAGGAGAGAGGCAGUCUGGAGACGGAACCUCUCUUCCCGAGACCCCCAACAACCUCACCAAUCUGUCGGCAGUGUAUGCUGAGCUGGAGAACAUGUACUCAGGGAAGCGGUCCAAGUCCCUGAAGAGCCGUGCUCCUCCGGCCCCCGACAGCAUUCUAGAACUGGAGUCCCUCUCACUCGCCAACUCGCCCUCCAUGCAUGCCAACACAGGUGGCCGUAAGGUCCCUCCACCCCCCACCUCUUGGCCAGAGCCCCUCCCCAGCCCCCCUGCCCCGUCUCAGUUCUACCCCCAGGGGCUGACCAGCCAGACCAGCGCUGAGUCCAACCCCUACAUCAGCCUGGACAGCCCCCCUCCUUCACCUCCGGACCCCCCAGACUACCCCCCUAGCCCACCCAACCACCGCAGCAGCAAGAGACGGUACACCUUCUCCCACCCCCCUCGCUCUGAGGACACGGACCGCUUCCUCAACGCGCUGAGCGAGCAACUGGGACAGAGGGUGGCCAUCGUCGAUGACUUCCUGUCCCCCGAAAAUGACUUCCUGUCCCCCGAAAACGACUAUGAGGAGGAUAUUGUCCAGAUGAGCUUCCCAGACGAGGAGGAGGAGGAUGACGAGGUGGGCAUGGACGAUGAAGAGGACGGGGGUUUCCUGCCCCCAGAGCUGAGCAGUCCCAGCGAGGCGCACAGCAGCAGCGGAGAGGACGCGUCCUCGCUUACCUACUCCUCGUCCUCCGAGCACAUCCCCCCGCCGCCCUUGACCCCGCCUCCGCCCCCGCCCGUCCAGUUCAACGACCCGCCCCCUCCUCCUCCCCCCCCGCCGAUGCAGCAGCGGCAGUCCCCCUUGCAGCAGCCCACCUCGCUCCCCUACACCCCCGAUCACUCUCCCAGAGCACACCUACCCUCACAGCGCCGCCACCAGGGCCCGCCGCCGCCCCCGCCCCCUCGCUCAAACCCACCCACGAAAAGGCAGUCGCUUCACAAGGUGCUCCCUACCCGGGAGGACUUGCUGGCCCACGCUGCAUUGCAGGAGCAGAAGGCUUACCAAGAACAACAGGUGUACCAAGAUCUGCAGGCGUACGAAGACCAAGCCUUCCAGGAACAACAAGCUUACCAGGACCAACAACAAGCCUACCAAGACCAACAACAAGCCUAUCAAGACCAACAACAAGCCUACCAGGAACAACAACAACAACAAGCUUACCAAAAGCAACAACAAGCCUAUCAGGAGAGACAAGCCUACAAGGAACAGAAAGCUUACCAAGAGCAGCAGCUAAUAUACCAGGAGCAACAAGCACUCAAAGAACAACAAGCCUACCAAGAGCAACAGCAAGCCUACCAAGAGCAACAAACCCUCAAAGAGCAACUAGCCUACCAGGAACUCCAAGCAUACCAGGAGCAGCAAAUCUACCAAGGACACCAGUCGCUGCCGACCCAAUCCUCGCACCAGUCAGCCCACUCACCACACCUCCUCCAGCAGCUCCACCAAUCCCUUCCCCCGCUCCCUUCUCCAGACUCCGCCCACCCGCAAGCCAACCACCCUUUGUACCAGAUGCAACAAGCACAACAACAACAACUAAAGCUGCAGCUGCAGCUCCAACAACAACAGCAACAGCAACAAAGCCAGCAAAGCCUUCACCACCGUCACCAUCAUCCUCGUUCUGCCACAUCUCCUCACCACCCUGGUCAGAGUCAGUACUCUGAGGGCAUCUACCAGAGUCACCAAAGCCUCCAAUCCCAAGUCCACCACUCCUCCACAGAGCUCCUGCACCAAGUUCACCAGAGUCACCAAAGCCUCCAGCCCCAAGCCCACCACUCCUCCACAGAGCUCCUCCACCAAGCUCACCAGAUCCACCUGGAUCAACCGGCCUCUCUCCCCGCUCACGUCAACCAAGAGACCCACUGUCAGCCCCACCAAAGUCGGAAGAGCCUAAGGGGUCAUCAAGGUCAUCAGGCUCCAACAUCUCCUCAAGGGAGACCCCAGGAUCAGCAGAUCCACCAGGCACACCACCCUCACCAGACCCAGCCCUCUCCCCAGCGCCCCCUCUCUGUCCAGCAGAGCCACCCCACCCCCCACAUCCACCACAUCCACCACAUCACCCCCCAGCCCCCUCCGUCUGAGCACCACCACCAGAUCCACCUGAUCCACUCACCCCAGCCGUCCCACCGGCCCCAGCCCCUGCUCUCCACCUUCCAACCCCUCCAGCCCCAGCAGCUUUCCCUCUCCACCUUCCAGCCCCUCCAGCCCCAGAAACCCUAUCCGGCCACCCACCACGUCCACCCCUCCAACCAGCCGCGUCCUCAGUCCCAGCCCUCCCAGCACGUCCUGCAGGCCCAGUCCCACCACCACGGCCAACCCCAGCCCCAGUCACUCACCCACUCUCUCUCUGACCCGUCAGAUCACCUGGGGCCCCCGCCCCCUCCACCCUUGCCCCCUCCCUGCUCCCCGCCCCCUCUGCCCCGCCCCUCCCCUCAGAGGAUGGACUCCAAUCACAUGAGUGUGAAGAGGCUGCGCUGGGAGCAGGUGGAGAAGUCAGAGGGCACCAUCUGGGGACAGUUAGGUGAGGAUUCAGACUAUGACAAACUGCAUGACAUGGUGAAGUAUCUGGACCUGGAGCUUCACUUUGGGACCCAAAAGAACCCUAUUUCUCUUCCAGAGCUCACCCCUCAGCCUGAGUCAUUUAAGAAGAAAGAUGUUGUGGAGAUUCUCUCCCACAAGAAGGCCUACAACGCAUCUAUCCUGAUUGCCCACCUGAAGCUGUCGCCGGGUGAACUUCGGCAGGUUCUGAUGACCAUGUCCACAGAUAGGCUGGAGCCUGCCCACAUCAAGCAGCUGCUGCUGUACGCCCCAGACGCAGAGGAGGUCAAGCAGUAUGAGCAGUACAGACAGGAGCCCAGCAAACUGAGUGAACCAGACCAGUUUGUACUGCAGAUGUUAUCUGUACCAGAGUAUAAAACCCGUCUGCAGAGCCUGCAUUUCAAGUGCUCCCUGCAGGAAAAGACAGAGGAGAUGAGAGGAGGGUACGACUGCAUCUACAAGGCCUCAGUGGAACUCAAGACCAGCAAAAAACUGGCCAAGAUCCUGGAGUUUGUGCUGGCAAUGGGGAACUACCUUAACAACGGACAGCCCAAGACUGGCAAGACCACCGGCUUCAAGAUCAACUUCCUCACUGAACUCGGUACCACAAAGACGGUGGAUGGGAAGUCAACCUUUCUGCACAUCCUUGUCAAGUCAUUGUGUCACCACUUCCCUGAUGUUCUUGACUUUGCCAAGGACCUCACCAUGGUUCCGCUUGCAGCCAAGGUGAACCAAAAGACCAUCACGUCCGACCUGAACGACCUUCACACCACUAUUCAGGAGAUCAGAUCUGCCUGUCAGAAGAUGCCUGCUACCCCCGAAGACCGCUUUAGUGCCAUCAUGAGUACUUUUCUGGAAAACAGCCACCCGGCAAUCCAGUCUCUGGAGUCACUCCAGCAGAGAGCCAUGGAGGAGUUUGCCAAGACUGCAUCCUUCUUUGGAGAGGACGGCAAGAUCACCAACACAGAGGCCUUCUUUGGCAUCUUCUCUGACUUCAUCAGCAAGUUUGAGAGAGCACUGAGCGAGCACCAGACUUCUGAGGGCCUGAAGAGCCCCAGGAGUCCACGAAUGGCCUCUCCACUAGCCUGGUAAUAAGGCUGCACACACAGACACACACUCACACACACACAUCUUGCUACAUCAUGUUUUGUUUUUUUAUGUCUAUCUGCAGUAGAGACUGAGUCUGAGUUAGACUUCUUAGUUAGACUUCAAUAGCUAUCUUUAAACCCAUGGCUGUGAAUAACACUGUUCAGAAUUAGAAUGGUGCAAUUUCCAUUGCAAGGAAAAAACUCUUGAGUUUGGAAUAAAGUCAGUUGUAAAUAUACAGCCAAUGAAUUAUGAGGAAAUAGCAGUAGUAUAAGCAUCAACUGAGAAAGCCUUUCAAUGAACAGUACAAAACAAUGACAGCUAAUGCAUUUGUUUAAUUGCUCUGCCUGUCAUUGCAAUGGCCAAAUGUUUUUUGUAAAUAUGGUUAUGAGCAAUUUCACAAAAAUAUCAAAGUUAAGUAUCUAUGCAACACCGCAUUAAGGUUACGUUAAUUACCAUGCCCCUACAUAGCAAUACUUGUUGCAAAAACCUUGGAAGUGCAUAGGAAUUGCUGUGAAAUUAAAUUGACUUAAGUGUUUGCAGUAUAGGUUAUUACAAAAGUGUAAGAAGGAAGUAUAGGGGAGGGGUGUUGGGGUAAGUGAAUCUUAUAAAGGGGCAGUUGAAGGUUGUGUUACCAAAACAAUCCACUUACCCCCUGGAAAGCCCCUACUCCCCGUAUCAAGUUGUAAUAACUUGUACCACUAAUUUGUAGUUGUAACUACAUAGUAGAACCUAUGUAACUACAAAGUUAUUACUAUACAUACUGAUUUGGGGCUAAUGUAACCUUAAUGUAAAGUGCUGCCCAUAUCUUUAAGAUAGAAAAUAAGGAAAUAAGGUCAUCAAAACCGUAAUGUUAGAUUAACACCGUUAUUGGUUAUCGGUGUAUUUGUGAAAAUAUUCUGUAUUUUUUGUAAGCCACACCCACCUCAUUGAAUGUAUAUGAAAAGUCUAAAUGAACACUCUUAUUUUAAACAUAUAUGUUCAUGAUACACCUAUUUAAGUGAGUAUACAAUUGUUUGGGAUUGUUUACACAGUGUUUUGUAAAGGUGAUUGUAUAACAAUUCCUAAAUCGUUGUUUUGUCCCACUUUAAACCCAUUUUAGUGUCUAAAGACAAGGGACAAACUUGGCUCUUUUGAGGAGUGCCGCUUUAAUACAGAAAUGUCUAUACGGGCAGUGUGCAAUGUUGACGAUUUACUGCAGGUUGUUUUAUGGACUUAUAUGUAGACAUACUUUAUUAUUGCAGAUAUUUGAAUGAAUUCUAACAAUGCAGAUUUCAGCCCAUUGUUUCUCAAGUACUCCAAGAACUUUGAAAAAGAAGGGACUCAGUCCAUCUCAACUGGUAUAUUUUCUAUGGGCUGAAAAUGAAGCAAUAAUAGGGACUUGGUUAUUUAUUUUCAAGCUAAUGUUGGUAAAUCUUUUACACCAUGUUCAGAUAAGUGAUUGUAUUUUCAGUGUUUAAUAGCUUCUCUGAAAUUUGUAGAACAUUUAUAAGACUAAAAAUGUAAUAUCAUUCAUUUAAAGCAAUAGGAAUCAAUGUUGUGCUGUUAAUACAUUAUUCUGUUACUGUUCUCAGUGGGGAUGUUCAUCAUCUUACAAUACUCUUUUCUUUUGAUUGAAAUCCAUUUAAGACUACACUCAGUAAAUCAUUUAUGUUCGAUAAAGGCCUAAGAAAUUAGGGGUCUUCUGUUUCUUAUUGUAAGAAUACUGACAACUAUUGAGUGUAGCACAAUAACAUACAACCCUAACCUACAAAUAAAUUGCUGCAUGUUU